AUGGCUGACGCUCCUGCCCCCGCUCGCGGCGGAUUCGGUUCUCGUGGAGACCGCGGUGGUGACCGUGGACGUGGUCGCGGGCGUGGCCGUGGCCGCCGUGGCGGAAAGACUGAGGAGAAGGAAUGGCAGCCCGUCACCAAGCUCGGCCGUCUCGUAAAGGCCGGCAAGAUCAAGAGCAUGGAGGAGAUCUACCUCCACUCUCUCCCCAUCAAGGAGUACCAGGUCGUCGACUUUUUCCUCCCCAAGCUCAAGGACGAGGUCAUGAAGAUCAAGCCUGUCCAGAAGCAGACCCGUGCCGGUCAGCGUACCCGCUUCAAGGCUAUCGUCGUCAUCGGUGACUCCGAGGGUCACAUUGGUCUUGGUAUCAAGACCUCCAAGGAAGUCGCUACCGCCAUCCGCGCCGCCAUCAUCAUCGCCAAGCUCUCCGUUGUCCCCAUCCGAAGAGGUUACUGGGGUACCAACCUUGGUGAGCCUCACUCGCUCCCCACCAAGGAGAGCGGAAAGUGCGGUUCCGUUACUGUCCGUCUCAUUCCCGCUCCCCGUGGUACCGGCCUUGUCGCAUCGCCCGCUGUCAAGCGUCUCUUGCAAUUGGCUGGUGUCGCCGACAUCUACACUGCCUCUUCCGGUUCAACCAAGACUCUUGAGAACACCCUGAAGGCUACCUUCGUAGCUGUCGCACACACCUACGGUUUCCUCACCCCCAACCUGUGGGCUGAGAAGAAGCUUACCCCAUCUCCGCUCGAGGAGUACAGCGACAUCCUCCGUGAGGGUAAGAGGUACUAG